AUUAUUCAAACACGACACUAAUUACAAAUAAUUAAAUUUUGUAAUUUUAUUUUUUUUAUUUUAUUUAAAUUUUUAUUCAAAUUUGCCUCUAUGUUUUAUCUGCUGUUUUUAAAAAGAGGAUUCAUUUAAAAUGUUCAAAUAAAUAAAUAAAUGAAUUAGUGAAAAUAAAAAAAAAAAAAUAUGGAAACUGCGGCGAUAAAAAUAUUGACACGUGCUGUUGAUAUGGACAAGAAAGAACAGUAUACGCUGGCACUAAUAUUAUAUCAAGAAGGUCUACAAGUUUUACUCAACACAAUUAAAGAAGUAACUGAUGCAAAAAAAAAAGAUCACUUACGACUGAAAGCCAAAGAUUAUUUGGACCGCGCGGAAAAAUUGAAAGAAAUAAUUGAAGAAAAAAAAGCACUUGGGCAGUAUCGGGAACAGACGAAAAUCGAAGCUGGUGCUACUGGUUAUGAUUACGACAGUUUAUUUGGUAGAUUUUUAGAUAAUAAUGUGGUUUGGAUACAUGUUGAAGAUCCUUACAUACGAGCUUAUCAUCAGUGUUUAAAUUUAGUGCGAUUAUGUGAAUUAGCUGUCCGUAAAUGUCCAUCUUUAAGUAAAAUAAUUUUAACAACAACCCAAGAUCCAGAAGAUCCAAAAAAUCAAAUUUCACGACUACAGGAAUUGAAAGUCAGCUUGCAACAGUCGAAUAUCAAAAUGGACAUAAACUUCUCUGAAACUCUUCAUGAUCGACAAAUAACCCUCAGCAACGGCUGGGUUAUAAAAAUCGGACGAGGCCUCGAUUACUUCAAAGCACCCGAUGGCAAAUUCAGCCUCGGCGCCUGUGAUUUGGUCCUUCGAGCCACUUUAGAAACUACCGUAGACAUCUUCCACAAGAACGAUAUCAAAAACUGACCCCUGGAAUCCCUAGAUAAUCAACUUACCCAGUCCUCCAUCGACUUUAUUUACAAAAUUUUGUGAAAAAAAAAUUAAUUUACUUUUUUUAAUUUAUUUUAUUUAAAAAUUUCCGAGCACAA